AUGCUAUUCAUAUGUCUCUCUUUCUUACCCCUAGUUUCUAUUACUUUCUAUUCAUAUAUCUAUCUAUCUAUCUAUCUAUCUAUCUAUCUAUCUAUCUAUCCAGUUAGGGUCUACAAUCAUAGCCAAGAUAUUUUCUUCCUAAAUGUCUUUCUUUUUCCUCUUGUUAUGCAAAUUAAAUCAGGAAUUUCUUGCUCUGAUUGCUUCCUUCUUUUAAUCUCUUUCCAUCAUGUUUUCUCCUUCUGCUUAUAUCACCAUUUUUUCUUUUUCUCUUUCUUGAUUAAUUUCUUUUCUUUCCCCACUUCUCUUAUUAUACUUUUACCUUUUUUUACUUUAUCAUGUCCUUGCAUUUUUUUCUCCUUCUUUUCUCUUUCAUUUGCACUUCUAUUUCUUUUUGUUCUUCUUCUCUUAGGCGAACCUGCAUUAAGUUCGGAUCUAUCUAUCUACCCUCGGCCUCUUUCUUUCUUUCUUUCUUUCUUUCUAUCUAUCUAUCUAUCUAUCUAUCUAUCUAUCUAUCUAUAA